AUGGCCUCAUACCCAGAGUCGUCUGGUGCCGGUGAUGGUGCAGAGAUUACCGACUCGGCACCUGCAGCACCUCAACACUCCCAACAGCCUCAACCGCUGCAUGCCGAGCAGAGCGAGCAAAACGAGCAAAACGAGCAGAACGGACACAACGAAGAGCGCAAGCAUUACGAGCAUGAAGAACAAAGCGGACACUACGAAUACCACGGUCCGCAACACCACCAUCAACCCGAAUCAACCGACCCUUCCCAGCAGCAUCACCUACAUCACCAGCAGCAGCAGCCGCUCAGCCCGGCCGAUGUAUACGAUGACAGCCUUACACUGCACUCGCCCCUCGCAGCAACCGCCGUCGCGCAUCAUGGCCUUCAGGUGCUGCAGGCUGCGUCGGCCGGUCCUCCCCUCACCCCGGCUGCCACCGACCUAGCCCAGCAGUAUGCCCAGUCUGCUGCGAUGCAGAUGGGCGAUGCUCAAUUCUCUGCCGCCCUGGCAAACCCUUCGCCACCCGCCCCUCUCGUUGCUGCGAGUCCCACGUCGCAGUCGCAAACACAGACGCAGCCAAAGGUCACGCGCCUCCGACGCGCCUGUGAUUUGUGCAGCCAACGCAAGGUCAAGUGCGAUGACAGCGGACCGCCUUGCAAGCCAUGUAGGGAUCUUGACAUGAAAUCGGCAGCGAGGGCAGCGAAACACGCUCGCACCGACAAUCCGUCUGCGGCCCCCCAUAAUGCCGCCGAAGCCUUGAUAUCCAUCGCUGCCAACAAUGAAUCAACCACGUCAGAUGCCGAAGCUAUCGCGCCGUGGCCCAUCCUACAGCUGCUCGUCGACGACUUCUUCACCUACAUCCAUCCUCUCAUGCCCUUUCCACACGAGCCGUCCUUCCGCCACGCCUUCACGAACCGGAUGGACAGGACAAGUGGAGAGUUCUUGGCCCUGCUGGCGAGUAUGAUUGGCGUCCUGGUUGCUUCGUUUCCUCGUAGUGCCAGAGCCCAUCUGAAGUCUCAGCAAAGCACGGGUCUCUUUCUUACUGCAUUCUCCAUGAUCGAUCACUGCAGGUCCAUCGCACUGGAAGCCCGGGGGGUGCGGUUCAUGAUGAAGCAAGAGAUGAGCGUUGACGAUGCUGCAACAAGUUAUUUCCUGGGUAUCGCUGCAGCAUACACACUGCAGUGGAAGCCGUGCAAGCGCUUUAUGGCCGAGACCAUGACCUUCUGCAGAGAGCUUGGUACCCAUCGGCAAAGAGACACGUCCACCUUGGAAGGCAACGUGCCUGAGCUCGUAGCUGACCUCAACAACGCUGCGAACAAGCCCGUCCAUCAUAUCAAGGAUCAGAUCGGCAAGCGUAUCUUCUGGGUAAUGGUAGCCGGUGUUCGAUCAAUGACCCACCUAGGCGCUAGCAUCAAUGAGUUACCGUUGUCUCCACCGACCACUCAGGAGCCCUAUCCAGACCAGCCACUUGAGGUCGACGAUGGUUGCAUUUUCUCGGACCAAAUCCACCCCCAGCCGGAGGGUGUUAUAUCACUUAUUACUGGGUUCAAUAGAAACAUACGUAUCUACAUGACCAUGAACGAGCUUAUCGGGGUCGACAUGUGCUAUGGGAUGAACUUUUUCGACUGGAUCGCCCAAAAGAACAUUCUAAGUAACGGGCUGGCUUCUGCGAAGCAAGCUGCUGACGAUAUGCCUGCCGAGCUGCAGGUCAAAAUAGAGCCGGGCCAAACCGGUGCCACAGGUCUUGAUCAUUCGGGCUUGCAGUAUUAUCCGCCAGGCUUUUCGAGUACUCAAGCUCCGGACGAUAUGCGAAGGGCGUUUGCUGAGCAGCCUAUGCGACGACGUGAGCUCCAGUGUGAGAUUCAGAAGGCCAACAUCUACGCGUCUCAGCUGGCAACGAGGUCCUAUUUUGUCGAACGAUACCUCAACCUUCGCGAUGCCCAUCGCUCGCAUCCCAACUUCGUGGAGGGCGCCGACGAAGAUCCCAAUGAUGAUCGUGACGCCAUGAUAGCCAAGGAACGAGAACUCAUCGUGCAGACCCUUCUGACCGUCUUGGCGUCUAUCAGCCAGCGCAACAUGGAGCCUAAUGGUCAAUCAAUCAUCAGCAAAAUCCGGCUAGUGGCGAGUACGCUCUUGAACGAUGCACCCGAGCGCAAAGGCCCUCUGGCUAUCAAGGCUGAACAGGAUCUCAGCCACUUCCUGGACAUCCUCAUGACAUUGGAGAAGAAUGGAGCUGGCCCCGUCACGGGUACCGUGACACCACAGGACGAGGAGGAAGAGCUACAGUCCUGGGCAAACCUAAGAGAGUAUCAACUUCAGUUCCUGUCGAAUGGCGGCUAUCUCGCUGAAGUAUAA